AUGAAUGUAUCAAGACCAGAAUUAAUACAUCGAUGGAAUCAUAAAUAUUCCAUCUUAUCAGUCGUAUCAUUCCCUUCAAAGAAACUAUUGUUUGCAGGUACACAAGACUCUAAAAUCUUAGUUUUCCAUCUGCCGACUUACAACCUUAUCAAGACAAUCCAAUUAGGCAAUUCUACUGAAACAAAUACAAGAUCAAGUGUGUUAUGUAUGACUAGAUCUAAUGAUGAACGACAUUUAUUUUCUGCAGGCGCUGACUCCCUAGUAAGAAUUUGGUCAGUAGAUAACAAUUCGAUGAAAAACUUAAUAAACGUGGAGGAAUUAGCCACCAUCUAUUCAGUCACUGAUAUAGGUGAUAUUUUCUCAAUAACAUAUUUAGAUUUAUUAGAUACCAUAGUAUUUGGUUGUCAAAACGCAAGUUUAUUAUACUUGGAUAAUAUAUUUUUAAGAAUACAUGCUAUGAAUUCAAAUGAAGAAAUUGAUCUCAAUAGAUUACCACAUAGAAGAUAUGAUAAAUUUUUCGAUUCAUUUGGUCCAACUGGUUCAGGUGCUGCAUCUUCAUCGUCAUUGGAUUUAUCACCUACAAGUCAAACAAUUAAUUUGGUUACCACUAAUACAACCAAUUUGAAAAUUACAAAUAAUACUAUUUUGGAAAUACCUUCCGAAAAUAUCAUUAAAUAUGCUCAUAAUGGGUUCAUUUAUUCUAUUUGUAAGAUGUGUUCGAGCUUCAAUUGUCAUUUUAAUCAAGACUAUCCAGUACCAUCCUCUAUGGAAUCUGGGGAUGAAUGCAAGUAUGGGUACAUCAUCUCAUCCGGUGGAGAUGGGGUUAGUAAAACAUGGAAAUUUGAAAAAAUUCAAGGCAAUGGGUCGAUAAAGGUAUCACUGAUUGAUGAGGACAUGGAUAAUGAAGAUAGUGUGUUAUCCCAAACAAUUGAAUUCCCGUUCUUAUAUUGUGGCCUAAGUGAUGGUAUCAUUAACAUUUGGGAUUUAAAUACUAAACAAUUAAUCUCCACCUUAAACACUACAGAUAAAUCAGAUAUCAUAUCUUUAUCAGUGUUCAAUGAUCAUAUUUUCGCAGUUGACAAAUCUGGUAUAACAUUAUUUUUCGAAAAUCAAAUCCACCACUGGAAUCCCAAUCAAGGUAAUCUACUAACGUCUGAAAUAUUCGAAAGAGAAACGAAAGGCCAAGAAAGUUUACCAAGCUUACUAACUGGUGGUAAUGAUGGGUCUUUAACAUUAUGGGACAUAUCACAUUUAUUCAGUCAAAGAAUAACACCAAUGAAAACAGUAACAAGUGGUGAUGCCUAUGGAUUCACCGCACAAGCAGUUCCUUCAAGAUUUGAAAGAACUGCAUCAUGGGUAACAUAUCAGCCAGCAAUGGUGAACAGUGAAGAAAUGCUUAAGACAUUACGCGAAUUAAUAUCAUACCAGACAGUUUCUCAAACUCACGAUACUCAACAACAACUACAAACUAGAAGAUGUGCUACUUAUUUACAACAAUUAUUGAGAAAUUUCGGGGCUGCCGAUUCAAGAUUAUUCCCAGUAUCAAAUGGUGCAAAUCCAGUUGUAUUCGCCCAUUUUAAAGGUAAGGGAAACAGUGAGACUGGAGAGAAAAAACGUAUCUUAUGGUAUGGUCAUUUUGAUGUCAUUCCCGCAGGUGACACAGAAAAGUGGAAUACGAAUCCCUUUCAUUUGACCUGUGAAAAUGGGUAUUUGAAAGGUCGUGGCGUCAGUGACAAUAAGGGGCCUUUAGUUAGUGCAAUUCACAGUGUGGCAAGUUUAUUUCAAGAAGAUAAAUUGAUCAAUGAUGUUGUAUUUUUAAUCGAGGGGAAUGAAGAAAUUGGUUCACCUGGAUUUUCUGAAGUUUGUCAGAAAUAUAGGAAUAUUAUUGGUGAAAAAAUUGACUGGAUUUUGAUGAGUAAUUCUUCCUGGGUAGACCAAGAACACCCAUGUUUGAAUUAUGGACUAAGAGGUGUUAUUAAUGCCCAGGUCAGCAUAUGGGGUGAUGAGCCUGAUAGACAUUCUGGUGUGGAUGGUGGUGUUCAUAGAGAACCAACGACUGAUUUGAUAAAUGUCAUUUCUAAAUUACAAUCUGAAGAUGGUCGCAUUCAAAUUCCAAAUUUCUAUUUACCGUUGAAAGAACUAAGUGCAACAGACUAUGCAAUGUUUCAAGAAAUUAUGAAAGAAGCAAAUAUAGACAAAAAGAUCACAAUAGAGGAACUAAUAAUUAAUUGGACGAAACCCUCUUUAUCCAUCACAACCUUGAAAAUGAGUGGUCCCGGUAAUAUUACCGUCAUACCGAAAUCUGCAAGCAUCGGGUUAUCUAUCAGAUUGGUUCCAGAACAAAGUGUUGAACAAGUCAAGAAGGAUUUGACUGAAUACAUUAAACAAACAUUUGCAAAAUUACCAACAAAGAAUCAUAUAGAAGUGACAAUAUUGAAUGAAGCAGAAGCAUGGUUAGGUGAUCCAACAAAUCAUGCGUACCAAAUAUUAAAGGAAGAAGUUACAGCGGCUUGGGAUAUGGAACCAUUAUUUGUUAGAGAAGGUGGAUCAAUUCCAUGUAUUCGAGAUUUGGAACGGAUCUUUGAUGCACAAGCAGUCCAGAUACCUUGUGGACAAUCGACAGACAACGCACAUUUAAAUAAUGAAAAUCUAAGGAUUAAGAACUGGACAAAACUAGCAGAAAUAUUAACUAACGUAUUUAAUAGACUAUAG